GUAUAUUAAUUUUCUUACUUUUUGUUGUUGGCACUAUCAAAUUUGUGGCUUCAAUUAAAUUCCCAUGCUUCCAAUUUUUCUAAAAAAUAAAAAUAGAAAAAUGGCUAAUGUGAGGCCAUAAAUUUCACCAUAAUAUUAUUUUAUUUAUUUAUUAGUUUUUAAGUAAUGGGCUUUUGCAUUUGGGUUUAGGCUCAAAAGGAAGCCCACAAAUAAUCGGGUAUGCUCUCACCAAUAUAUAUAUAUUUUUUAAAAAACGAUGAGCCGCCGGCGGGUCACGGUUCGUGAAGGUAGGAGCCGAAACCGGAGUGUGUAAAAAAUCGGUUUCGGUUCGACGGCGUUUCCGGUUGGAACCGGUACCACCGAUUUAAAUCCGGCAGUCCAGCGGAAAGUGGUUUUAGCCUGGCUUCCUAAUUGAAGAAUUGCGUUUCUAUAGUGCGUACCCCUAAUUUGGAGGUGCUGAACAAAUGAGGUGCAUAAAGUCCUGGGUUUUGUUGUUUUGGCUGCUAGUUUCUGCAUCUGAAUCUAGGGCAAACGCGGAGGAAGUAAGACAAGUGGACGAGGAGUUUACUGAGGCGCUGCUGCUGAGGCCAUUGCCCGAUCGGAAGGUGUUGGCUCAUUUCCAUUUUCAGAGCACAGUGCCACCGACUCGGACCUAUGGUCGCCACCAUCACCUCUUCCCUAAAUCCAUUUAUCAGCUGGUUCAUAAAUUCCAAGUCCGAGAAAUGGAGCUUUCUUUUACUCAAGGUCGCUGGAAUUACGAGCGCUGGGGAGGCUAUGACCCCAUAUCAAAUAAGAAUGCAAAGCCUCCUGGAGUGGAAUUAUGGGCUGAGUUUGAUGUUCCUCAUCAUCAGGUUGAUGAUUCUUGGAAGAAUCUAACUCAUGCACUUUCAGGGCUCUUCUGUGCCUCCAUCAAUUUCUUGGAGCAUUCAACUAGUUACGCUGCUCCUCAGUGGAGUUUUCAAUCGUUUUCAGGAAAACUACGUUAUGGUACGUUGCCUCGUGAAGCUGUUUGCACUGAGAAUCUCACACCCUGGUUGAAGUUGCUUCCUUGUCGCGACAAAGCUGGGCUGGCUUCACUGAUGAAUAGACCUUCAAUAUACAGGGGGUAUUAUCAUUCCCAGAGGCUGCAUUUGAAAUCGGAUGAGUUUGAUCCAUCUGAGCUGGAUACAGGGAUUGUACUCGAACAAACCCUUACAAUUGUUCUUCAACCAGUCACUGUUUCUGAAAAAAUAUCACCAUCAAGUUGGUCCCUGAGCUCAUUAUUUGGCAGAGCAGUUGGUGGGAAGUGUUCCUUGUCUAAUUCUAGCAAUGUGUACAUCCAGCUCGACCAGAAAUUAGUAUCAGAAAUUAAUGAAUUGGAGAAAAAUAGCGAUGAUUAUAAGAAAGGGAAUCCUGUUGUGCAGGGCACACAGAAUAACCCUCUAUUUGAAUUAUCACAUCAACCUAAAAGGGUUGUAAAAGAAGUUUACUCGCCAGAGCAGGGCUCUAUCUUCUUUGAAUUUCCCAUUGACUACAGCAGGUCUGAACAAUUCAAUUUGGGUUUAAGGUGGAAAGUGCCAGUAGUCUGGUCUUGUCAGCAAGCACCCUUGCACGUUAGUAGAUUCCUAUUGGGUAGUGGGAAUGAGAGGGGAGCUAUGGCUAUCUCAAUGAAAUCUACCAAGAGCAAUAGUGUUGAGAUAUCUGAUAACAAUGGGAAACAAUGUUGGUUGAGAGUUGGCAUUUUCCAAGUUGUUCCUUGGUAUGUCAAGGUCUAUUACCAUACCUUGGAAAUGUUCUUAGAUGGAAAACUUCAAUCUACAAUGGAUAGCAUAGAGAAAAUACAUGUUUCGCCUUCUGAAGACAAGGUCUCUCCUGGAGUGAUAGAAAUAAUUUUGAGAUUACCUUGUAGUGUUAAAACAGCUGCAUUGACUUUGGAAUUUGAUAAGGGUUUUCUUCAUAUUGAUGAAUACCCUCCAGAUGCCAAUCAGGGUUUUGACAUUCCAUCUGCAGUAGUACACUUCUCUGGUUUCCUUGCAAACAUGAGCUUCACUGAUAAUUCCUUACAAGUACCCUUAUUGUCCAAAUUGCAGGAAGAGAUCCCUGUUCUCUCUUACACGGAAGUACUACUAGUGCCUUUGACAACUCCCGAUUUUAGUAUGCCUUACAAUGUGAUAACAAUCACUUGCACAGUUUUUGCUUUGUACUUUGGAUCGCUGCUCAAUGCCCUACGGAGACGUGUUGGUGAGGAAGAAAGACUUCUAAGAGGAAAAGGAAAGAAGCCUGGGCCACUGACUUUGAUGUUGUCAAAACUUCUUGCCAAGCUGCAAGGGAAACCAUGGGAGCCACCAAAACCGUCGCAAUCACCACCUUCAAAAUCUUCCAGAAAUUAUAAGGUCAUACUGAAAGUCGCGAUUGUGGCCGGCGUUGCUAUUGCUUGGCAGUAUUAUUUUCAAUGACCAUGCA